AUGAAUAUGGCCGGGUCCAUCGCGUUGUAUUCGAGCGAAGACGAUGUAUCGAAGUAUCGUGGAGCUGUCGACUUUGAAGCAAGACGGACGUGCAUUUAUUUUUACAUUAUGGCGUGGAGAUGCGAAAAGAUAAACAUGAUGCGUGCAUUCGAAUUAAAAAUCAGUCGGCCUACCACAGUAGAAGAAAUGAAGAAGAAAAAAGAUGCAUUGAUGGCUUGCUAUAGAGCCCAUCUCAAUAAAAUUAAGAAAUCGAUUAAGUUCAGGAGCUCGGCCGCACGACAAACUGAAUAA